AUGGGUGGUUUCAUCUUUGACCUUGCCGGUCCCGAUAUAGCGAACGGACAGCCAUUUAUUCCACACCAGCGGCGCCUUCACGUAACACCUCGAGGAAUCCAGCUCCUAGCCAAAUGCGGCUUACUGCCUUCUAUAACUAGGGAAGACAUCACCGACAAGAGCAAGACCGACGGGUCCGGCAAGGUCAUAUAUUGCAUACAAGUGGCAUGGGUGAUCAUUCAGGCAGUGGCUCGCGUAGCUGUCGGAUUGCCCGUUACGCCGCUUAAAACGAAUACCAUCGCUCAUAUCGUGUGCGCCUUUAUCAACUACACCCUAUGGUAG